GCCGAGACCUUCUCCAGAUGUAGUCUCGGCACGCCAAAAACAUGGCACGCGGGCCCAAAUUUUUUACGCACGCACAUUAUGAAGAAGGAUGGCGGCUAAAACAAGAAGAAAGCAAUGGUCGGACGAAGCAACACAUUGUUUAAUAUCAUUGUGGGCAGAGGAAACUAUUCAAGUAUCAUUGGAUGCAUGCAAAAGUGCGCGGGCAACGUCUAACGUGUAUAAAAUAUUGCUGUCUCAGUUGGAAGAAAAUGGAUAUAAAGGGUUUACCUUAAAGGAAUUGAUAAAUAAAAUAAAGAAAUUACGCCAGAGAUACAGGAAAGAAAAAGAAAGGUCACGGCAAACAGGAAUGGGUGUCUUAAAAAAGUGGAAGUUUUUUAACGAGAUUGAUGCUUUUCUAACUGUACGACACGACGUCAAUCCGUUAAAAAUCAUCGACACUAUGGCAGAAGGUGAUGAACAAGGUGUGCAUGAAUUUGAUGAUGGAGAACAGGGAAGGUUAGAGAAUAGCAGUUUCGACCAAGCUAAAUAUGAUUUGUGA